UUUCCGACAGUCUGACGAGACCCGUCGCGACAUUUUCACCUGCAGUAACACCCUGUAACCACCCUGCGUAUCAAUUUUCGUGCGAAGUCCACCAUUGACUAGGUCACCGCGGUUGUACCAGAAAAAGACUCGACUUCGCGAGAAGAGAGACAACGCGAAAGUAGAAAUUUCCGAGGAGAGCCAGCGGUCCGCGUACCUCGACUCGACACAGGGACCAACAGGAUGCACCUGGAAACGUUCCGGAGGACGGGAGUGGCAUUUUGCCUCGUCUUCGCCCUAUCGAGGAGUUUCGUCGACCCGGCACCACUCGGUGGCACCGCAGAUACACCGACUGGCAGUGUACACGAGGAUUCGGAUGUCGAACAGCUACACACAUUGAAGCAUACGAUCGGAAACACCCUGGCAGCUAUGAAAGCUCAGGCUGUGGCUCACGCAACCCAGGUGGCGAAAGCUGCUGAAGCGACCGCGGAAACGGUUGCUGAUCUUGCGGUCGAGACGGCAGAAGCGAAUCGCACCACUGCGCUUAAUUCGCCCCAGGACACCGGAACGCUUUCGGGCAUUGUCGAGGAGACGAAAACUUCUCACGGAUUCCCGGCGUCUUCUACGUCUGUUCCUAGACCACUGCCGCCUUCUUUGGUUCCCAGGGGCCAGGUCGAGGUGGUUCACGGUGAGCACCAACGGCAAAAUAUCCAAGCGUCGAUGGCCGCUGAAACUGCAUCCGCGGAAUCGGGUUCAGUUAGUGCCGAUUCGAAAAUUGCUUCCGGUUCCCAGCCACCCGAACAGCUCACCUUGAAUGGACAACGACGUGCCUACGCUCAGCGAGAUCUUUCGAAUGCCAUCGACAGGAUGGAUAAACUCGCGGCGUACCCGAGUGUUCAAUACUCACCGAUUGAUAUGGCCGAGUACGUUUUCAGAACCGGGGACGAAAAGGGCGUAGCUUCAGCCGUCCACGAGUUCAUUCUACACGGUUUGCUGACACGUGAGGAGGCCAUCACAUUCUUACAAGAGGUCAGGUACAACCUCGAUUAUUUGCAGACGCAUUACAGUCGGAGCAAGCUGGGAAGGUCGACUCUGGUUCAAAAAGCUUUCGAUAACGUGGAGAGACAGGGGCAAAGUCAAGGGAUGCCCAAGGACUACCAGGACAUGAUCGAGCCCCUGAAAAAGAGACUAGUGAUAGAACCCGUCAGUGACAUUCAGGGAAACAAUUUAAUCCAACAAUCUAUCCAAGAUGUACCACUAGCCGGCAAUGGAGCCGGGGUUUCAGGGGUCGGAGCGAUGGAAGUUGGGGCGGGGAUAUUCCCAGAAGAUGCCGACUACGAAGAACUCUUGGAGAGAUUGAGAGUAGCGGACUUCCUGUACACGCAGUACACCCUCGAGGAGGUGAUCUAUCAGCUGGCAAACGUCAUGUUCGCACAAUCGCUCGCCAGGGGUAGUGUGCAGGUACAGGAAGCUCUUCAAAAGUUCACGAGUUUUCUCGAGUCGGAAGCCGCUCAAGGUCGCAUAUCCAUACCACUGGAGAAGAAAGUGCUCGACGUUUUGAUCGCUUCUCUCUCGGACACGUUGACGAAGCACCCCGACCUGGUAGCAGCGGCACGCGAAGGACUCGGGGGUCCGGCUCUCCAGCCAAGCGGACGUUUUCUCCAGGAAUUGUUGAUGUCGCGAGUACAAACCCCACGGUUUCCGAACCAAGAGUCCCUCAGAAUCAGCCACGAGCCUCCCGCCCAGCUGGGAAUUCAAAAAUACAUUCACGGAGCGUAGAGCGAUCCUCUCCGAUACCGUACCGCUUCUGUGUCUCGAUUCCUGGCGUUUGUUUCUCAUUACCCUCACCUCGUUUUCGCUCCCCAUCCCGUCUGAGCUAAUACCCGCAUUCCUCGAUUAAUUAUGUGCGAGUUUUAUCAUGAAAAAUUUGUCAAAUAAUACUUCUACAAGGCUGAAUUGAAAAACUGUUGGAUUCAUUUCUCCGAGAAUUGAGCGCUCUCGCCGCGAGGACUAAUUGAACCGGGGCAAAGGUGCCAACAUCUUCGCUAACUCGUAGUAACGUUACAAUCGGCCGGCGAGUCAUCAUCCAUUCGAAUCACAUUCGAACUUCUCACCGUAUCGCAAUCGCACUUGUAACUCGUUAACUUAUUUUUAUACAUCGGGGAUAUUAGGAAUUCUUUGCGAUAUUACAGCAAAACAAAAAUAAUCGUGAUAAUUGACGAAUGAAGUAAUAACUGUCUUCGGUCGAGGUAACGAGAGAACGGGGAAAAACCUUCGUUUUGGCGAGAAAGUGAAGAGCCCUUAAAAUCAAGUUUCAUUAAAAAUGUAACAUUACCGAGCGCCGCGUAUUUUCGAAAUGUAUGAAUUCCUUCGAUAUUUCUAGGGUUCGAUGUUUAUUGUAUAGAUUACAAUGUUUGCUCGUGAGUAUACCUGUGUAGGUGUUCACGGAUGUAUAAAUAUCAACGGGGGUCGUCGAAUACGAUUACGGUAUCGCCGUCCCCCCGUACCGCAUUCGAUUGCAUUGAAACGAUUCGAAACUCAUCGGAUCAUAUCGGAUGGAGUAUAUUAUCCGUUUUAUUGUGAAUCAAGUUUCAGGAAUAACAGUUAUCAAUUGUGAUAAGAAAACAUCACGUCGCUAUAUUCAUACAAUAUAUCUUUGUAAAAACAAAUAUACACGUAUAACAUGGAAUAUGGUGGAAUGAUGUCAUCGUUGUGGCGGUGGAUGGGCCAAAAAAUAUACAUACGGUCGAUACCGAGGAAACGGGAAUAAGAUCGAGGACGUCGGUCGUGCGCUGGACAAAAAAAGAAUCAAUUGCGCCGUAUUCGCUUCUGACGUAACGAAGGCUGAAAUAAUAAUCGCAAGAUGUAAUCACAUAUCUGUAUAUGUAUAUACUUAUAUAAUGAUAUAUAUUAAAUAUUACACCGAAUAAAUGAUUCGGAGACAAAAA